GAUCAUUCUUUGGUCUGGAGUCUGGACUAUACAUGAUAUAUGUAUUAUAUCAUCAUCACAAUAUGAUUAUUUUUCUUCUUCUCACAAGGCGCUUCCGAUGCACAGAUGGCGGCAAUGAAGCAGCAGGCUCCGGAGAGCGUGCAGGGGAGGAAGGAGUUCCUGGUGGAGGUGCUGAUGCUGACGGUGCUCAGCCAGCCUAACUUCGUCAGCCUGGUCGGCUUCUGUGCGCAGGGGGACAAGCGCCUGCUAUUGCUUUCAAAGGUGGGGCAUGGGCUCAGAGGUGAGGCCACUAGCGGUUCAACUUUGCACAUACAAGAAAAUAAAAUCAAGGCACAAAUUGGACGGACAAAUGUUGAUAGAGGAGGAGAACACCAUGCAAUAAAAAGAAACACCCAAGCGCAGAUCUGUUUCAACGCAGACGGUACCUGAUGCUAAUAUAAUUUGCCGGCGUAGCAGCGAUCCAUCCAACACGGCAAGAGAUACCUAGGCACUCGGUG